AUGCUCCCACCCAUCCCCGUCCUGUCCGACUAUGGAAUCUCGCCCACCCACGGCUUCCUCCCGGAGGUCCUGCCGCUGACCCGGCUCCCGGACCCCUACUACAACAAGUGGGAGGCCGUCGCCGCCAACCUGCAGGGCCUGAUCCUGAGCAAGCGCCUGCGCGGCGUCGUCGACCGCCUGCCCGUGCUCUCCACCGUCGGCCUCGAGCACGACGCCGAGUGGCGCCGCGCCUACUCGCUGCUCGCCUUCAUAGCCCACGGCUACAUCUGGGGCGGUGACAGCCCCAGCGACCGCCUGCCCCCUUCCAUCUCGGUGCCCUUCCUCAAGAUCGCCCGCCGCGUCGAGCUGCCGCCCAUCGCCACCUACGCGGCCGUGUGCCUGUGGAACUUCAAGCCGCUCUUCAUGGACGAAGGGAUCGACCACCUCGAGAACCUGGCCACGCUGCACACCUUCACCGGCGGCCUCGACGAGUCGUGGUUCUACCUCGUCAGCGUGGCCAUGGAGGCCCGCGGCGGGCCCAUCAUGUCCCUCAUGAUGACGGCCAUCGCCGCCGCCCGCGAGGGCGACUCGGCCGUCGUCACGCGCUGCCUGCGCGGCUUCGCCGAGCGCCUCGACGACCUGGUCCAGCUGCUGCAGCGCAUGCACGAGAGCUGCGACCCGACCAUCUUCUACCACCGCAUCCGGCCCUUCCUGGCGGGCACCAAGAACAUGGCCGAGGCCGGGCUGCCGCACGGGCUCAUCUACGACACCGGAUCGGGCGGCGAGGAGGAGGUCUACACGCAGUACAGCGGCGGCAGCAACGCCCAGAGCAGCCUGAUCCAGUUCUUCGACAUCGUGCUGGGCAUCGAGCACCGCCCCACGGGCGACAAGAAGAAGAGGCCCUCCGCCGGCGAUGAUGGCGAUGGUGGGCACGCGCCGCCCGCGCCGCGGCACAACUUCAUCAUGGACAUGCGGCGGUACAUGCCCGGCCCGCACGCGCGCUUCCUGCACGACGUGGCCGCCGUGGCCAACAUCCGCGCGUUCGUCGAGGGCCGCCCCGGCGACGCGCCCCUGCGCAUCGCCUACGACGGCUGCCUGUCCAUGCUGCGCGCCAUGCGCGACAAGCACAUCGGCAUCGUGAGCCGGUACAUCGUCGUGCCCUCGCGCGAGGUGCGCGCCCGCUCGCGCAGCCGGAGCCCCGAGGCCGUGCGCCGGGCCGGCCGGCCCACCAUGCCCCAGUCCCAGCCGGCGGCGGAAGCGCGCAAGAGGCAGAACCUGGCCACCGCGUCGGUGGGCAUCGCCUUCGAGGCCCACACCUCCUCCGACCCGGACCAGCAGAAGAAGAACCUCAAGGGCACGGGCGGCACGGCCCUCAUCAGCUUCCUCAAGCAGGCGCGCGACGAGACGGGCGAGCCCGCCGUCGAGGAGUGGACCCAGCGCUUCAUGAGCCGCAACAUGAAGUACGAAGGGGCCGGGGACUUCUUCGCCGGCAAGGACGGCCAGCACGGCGGCGCGACCGAGGAGGUCGAGGUCAACGGGCUGGCGGGCACGUGGACUGUCGACGACGACGUCGGGGGCAUUUGCAAUUACUAG